AUGUGGGGCACGUGGGCGGAGCGCAGCGGAUGGCAGGCGCUGGUGACACCCAUCGAGCGGAUCGUGGAUCUUGAGCGCUUUGGCGCGGCCUUGCUGAUCACCUCAGAAUGCGAUGGGGCUGCCUGGCAACCCGGUGGGCCGUUUGAAGAUGGGCCGAAGUUGUUGCUCCCCGGAGGAAAAUAUAGUGUGCGCAGUCGAAGAAGAUACCGGGAACAAUCGAUGCUGGCCAUCGAUAUGAUGUCCAAGGCACUAAUGCAAGCGGGAAUUUCACCAGAUUGCAUCGUGCAUUUGGAUUGCCAGGACGGUUUGGCGGCAUACAAAGAUCCAGUGACUGAGAUCCACAAAUUCAUCCGCGAAACGUUGAACCCCGUGACGCGAUGUCGUGAUUGUCUCAUCUACUACUUCGGCUUCGCCAUCGAGUCGGGCCAAUGGGCUCUGACCUGGACGAACGACCAGGGCUAUUCCAAGGUCUGCAUUUUGGAUCCGAACAUCAUCCUUCCACCCCCUGGACCUGAUGAUGGAGUGCCAGGUGCCCGCUUCGUCAUCUCGGACGCCCCGGGCACGGCGCGCAUGUGGAUGCGCCCGGCACGGCGGCUGCGCGGCGUGGCGGCGUGGCAGGGGGAAGCGCUGCCGGGGUCCAACGGUGGGCCACCGAUGACGCGCUGGUUGACUGGUUUGAUGCCAGAACCGCCCAAGGGUGUCUUAGCUUUCCUGGAGCCUGCGCCGGAAGUGGGGCUAGAGGACCUGCCGUGCCACAAAGCUCUUUUCUGGGGUCCUUCCCCUCCAGAUCCGGCGCUCAGUCGCCAUCUGCUUUGGGAGCUCACUGAGUUCCUUGGGGCCGAGACGAUGCGCGAGCACCGCAGCAAGGGGACUGAGGAGAUUUUGAUCAAAGGAGGACCACAGAUGUUGCUGUACAUCCUGGAAUCUCAGAUCAAGGUGGGUCAAGAUGACUUGGCCUUGCAGCUGCUAUGGUUGUUGCAAGCCCUGGCUGCGGAAGCGCCCACCGAUCGAUGGGCGGACACGAUGAACGAAGCCUUGAGCCCUGCCAUGUCCAUCCCGGACUGGCUGGGGCAUGGCUAUGGCAAAGUGGCCGAGAACGCGCCCCAAAUCCUGGCAGCGGUCUUGUCCUUUUUGGCGAGCUGUGCCUCGCAAUGUGCGCGCUGCCGGGAGGAGUGCUCUGAGUACAUCCGAUGGCCCAAGAUUCAGCAGUUGAUCUUUGCCGCCUUUCAGAGCUGCCGCGACCACCUCGCAGCCCCGGACGCUGCGCGCUUCGCGCCCGCCGCGCGCGCGGCCUGUCGGAUGACGGCACAGAUUGCGGCGCAUCAUCCGCUGGAUGUGGAAGAGCAUGAGGAACUGGUCUGCGAGCUCUUAGGCAUGUUGUCGCAGAGCUCGGAGCUGGAAGAGCUGAGGGAGGCUGCGGCAGAGGCGCUGCUCUACGUGACCUUCCGAUGCAACAAAUCCAAAGGACAGGUGUUGGAACUCAUUGGUCAGUACCAUCCCAACUGCAUCUCUGACGCGCUGACCAACAGCCGAUCUGCCCGAACCAUUGAGCGGAUCCUCACCUUUUUGCGGAGUGUUGCGGCUUGCCAACCUCCCACGGCGGUAUUGGAAGCCUUUCCCUCUGGAUGUCAUGAAGGAGGGAUUUUGGAUGUGGUCAUCGAGAUGCUCGAACGCUAUGACACCGAUCCAGGCGUUCAACGUUGGGGUCUGGCGGCCCUGGGCACCAUCUGCAGCGCGGACGAAGCCUUAGCCCACCGCGCUGUGGAUGCAGGGGCCACUAAGAGCGUCAUCUGGGCGCUAGGGGCGGAAGUGCUGUCGCAGGCGAAGUUUUUGGAGCAGGAUGCGCUGUUCUGCGCCUAUGCCUUGCUGAGCACCGAGCAGGGGCAGGAGCAGUUGGCCCCGACCAGCGGCAUCGGCGGUGGCGGCGUGGACGGCCACAUGCUGCCUGGCCUCGCUGCCUCGGCGGUCGCCCGGGCGCUGCGGGAGGACAGCUGCGAGGCCGCUAUGUGGGGGAUGCGCAUCUUCGAGCGAAUAUGCCAGAGGCAUGCCUUGAUUGUUGAGCCUUACGUGGAUGUGAUUUUGGACGCGAUGUUGGCAGAGAACUGCCUCCACGGCACGAUGGUGGCGGCCAGCAAUGCUGUAAGCCACUUGGCUUCGGUGUGUCCUGUGGCGCGGGAGAAACUGCUGGCGCGCUAUGUGAGUUUGAUCAAGGCGUUGCAGUGCAAGGGGCACAUUGCGGCCUGUGAAGGGACGGAAGAUGGGAAGGAGAGGGAGAGGGAACUGAUGGACUGGGUGCAAGUCUUGGUGGACGUCCUGGGCCCCCCGAGGCCGGUGAAAUCCGACGAUCAGAUCUUGCGGGAACAACUGCGGCAGCUUGAAGCGGACGAGGUGAAAUCCGCUGAGAAGUCAGGGAGCAAGUCGAACACCGGUACCAAAUCCAAUCCCGGAACGAAAUCGCGGACGGGAACCAUGUUGGAUUCGGCCAGCAGAUCCGGCACCAAGACGACUGGAACGAAGGAGGGCGCUGGGCGGGAGAGCAGCAAAUUGGCUUCUGCCAAAGUCACAGUUCUGUGA